GUGGCCCAAGGAAGCUAACGAAGAGGACGAUAAGUUGCUUGAACAGACCUGCAAGAGCCCAAAAAGCAGAUAGAAGAGAAGCAGAAGACUCCACAGCUUCAAUUCCAAAUACAGACACUACCAGAGUGUGGAGAAGAGGCCUGAGUCAGGUAGAGUGUUGAUAACACUGCAAUGGGCAGAAAGGAUGACAACUCCAAGUACUGGAGAGAUGGCGAUGACUCCAAACCUGAUUUACAAACGGAUACAAAGACUGGAAGUUUCAACCAGUGCAUCCACCGCACCACCUCAGAAACUCAUAACUUGGCUGAUGACAACGCUGGCAGCGCCAAUGAUGAUGAAGUGGAGGAGGGUCAGAGGGGAAAGAGCUGUGAGGAUGAUGAAGAGGGCCACCUGGCCUAUCACAUCGGCCUCGUGAUGAAAGAAAGAUAUGAAGUUGUCUCUGCACUGGGAGAAGGAGCAUUUGGAAAAGUAGUGAAGUGUAUAGACAGAGAGAAAGAUGAGCACGUAGCUGUGAAGAUAGUGAAGAACAUUGAGUGUUUCUGUGAAGUAGCGAGAUCUGAGAUCGCUGUGCUGGAGGAAAUCAACCGCCUGGAUGAUGAUAACAGAUUCGCCUGCGUGAGGAUGCUGGACUGGUUCGAGCAUGAAGGCCACGUCUGCAUCGUGUUCGAGCUGCUCGGCCUCAGUAUCUUUGAGUUUCUCCGACAGAAUGAGUUCCUGCCGUUCAGCGUGGAGCAGAUUAGACACAUGGCCUUCCAGAUCUUCAAAGCUGUGUGCUUUGUGCACCGUAACAAACUGACCCACACAGACCUGAAGCCAGAGAACAUCCUGUUUGUGCGCUCUGACUAUCACCUGGGGUAUAAUGAGGACUUGGAGUGUAAGGAGAAGAGGCUGAGGAGUCUUGAUGUGAAGGUUGUGGACUUUGGCAAUGCCACAUUUGACCACGAACCCCAUGAAUCCCUGGUUUCAACACGUUACUACCGAGCUCCAGAAGUCAUACUUGGUCUGGGCUGGAACCAGUCAUGUGACGUUUGGAGUCUGGGCUGUGUCAUGAUGGAGUUUUACCUAGGACGUGCACUCUUCCUGACCCAUGACAGUAAAGAACAUCUGGCCAUGAUGGAGAAAGUCCUCGGACCGGUCCCUCCACAUCUGCUCAAACAGACCAGGAAGAAGCAUUAUGUGCACAGCGACUGUCUGAACUGGGACGAUGAAUACAUCAGGAAACACUGUCGACCUCUCAAGGUGUACAUGCAGACGCAGAACGAGGAGGAGAGGCAGUUGUUCGAUCUGCUCAGCUGCAUGUUGGAAUAUGAUGUGUCCAGACGGAUCACCCUGGAGGAGGCACUGUGGCACCCGUUCUUCAGCCCACUGAGGACGUAGAAGCAGCAGCAGUGCAGCUAGCUAAUGCAUGCAUACACACACACGCACAUACACACACAUGCACACAUGUUUUCAUAUCUUAGUGAGGACCAGUGUCACGUCAGUGGGAGGAUCCGGGGGUUUCUCUGUGAAUUUCACGUUCCCGUGGCAGCGUGCUAGGUGCUUGCUCAGAUUUGAAGUUCAAGUUUUUGCUGUGGAAACUAGCUUUCUUCCCACACAGACUGUACAGCAGACGCUAAUGUUUUUGUCACUUUUUACGGAAUAAAACUUAAAGUAAUGUAAGUACGUCCAUGCUUUAAAUGCUGCAUGGUCAAACUCUCUCCUGCACUCCAUAUUAUCCAUUGUUGAUCUACACACGUCUGUUGCUGCCACGGAUGUCGCUCGUACAUCAUUGUCAUGUGACACUCUAACAAACAACAUCACGACAGUUUAGUAAUGCAGUAAUGCAGCGUGCUCACGGGAAAGUAACAGUAAUCUCAU